GUGUUGAGUGUUAUAGGGUUAGCCUCGCGUUUAGUAAGUUUACUGACCUCCGUGCUUGUCAGACAUGGCUGAAACGGCCAUAAAUAAAUAAGGGCAGGGUGUGUUUACAUCUGCUAGCGAGGCGAGGGUGUAGCGGUUCACCUCGACGACAGGAGCGGGCUCAGUCGGUGAGGAGUCCGUCACAGAACCGGUCCGUCCCCAGAGGAGACGGUCACCUCUUCAUCUCCAUCAUCAUCAUCAAAUAUGUCAGCCAUCAUAAAGGCUCCCAGCUCAUCGGAGGGAGCGACCCUGUCCGGGCCGCAGGAGCCGGCGGGGCUGCAGAGGCCGGCCGAGGGAGCGGAGGAGCACGGGCUGAUCAGCUCCCUGGCCCGGGACGCCGCCAGGAUGAGGCGGGCUUCGAGCGCCGAGCUGCACCUGCAGUGGACCUGCCCGGUCACACACUCCCGGGAGAAGUUCUACACGGUCUGCUCCGACUACGCCCUCCUCAACCAGGCUGCCGCCGUGUACUGCCCCGCCAAGGUGGCCAGAAAUGUGGACGCGAACAAGCAGGAGGACGGGCCCCUGCUGGUGAAGCCCAAAGCCCCGGCUGGAGGGGCCCCUGUGGGACCAGACGGUGACUGUGACAUGCAGGAGGUCUCCCCCGGACACACCAAGCCGCUCCUGGCCUGGGAGAUUGAUACAGCAGACUUUAAUGCUGUCUACACCAGGAAAAUAAGAACCAGCAAUGKGAAGAAGUGCAGCACUAAGAAGAUGAGGCCCUCAGACAGACCCAGCAGGAACCUACAAGAUGUUCCCAUUCAUGCUUCGCUGGAGGACAUCAAACAGAGAAAAGUGCUGGACCUCAGGAGAUGGUACUGCAUCAGUCGGCCUCAGUACAAGACUUCCUGUGGGAUCUCCUCCCUGGUGUCCUGCUGGAACUUCUUGUACAGCACUCUGGGAGCAGGGAGUCUUCCUCCCAUCUCUCAGGAGGAAGCUCUGCACAUUCUGGGCUUCCAGCCGCCUUUUGAAGAAAUCAAGUUUGGUCCUUUCACCGGCAACGCUACACUGAUGAGGUGGUUCAGACAAAUCAACGACAAUUUCCGAGUUCGCGGUUGCUCYUACAUUUUGUACAAACCUCACGGCAAACACAAGACGGCUGGAGAAACAGCUGAAGGGGCUCUGAUGAAGCUGACUCAGGGUCUGAAGGACGAGUCCAUGGCCUACAUCUACCACUGUCAGAACCACUACUUCUGCCCCGUGGGCUUCGAGGCCACGCCCCUUAAAGCAGCUAAGGCUUACAGGGGUCCACUGCCCACAAAUGAAAUGGAACACUGGAUCCUAAUUGGUGAACCCAGUAGAAAACAYCCAGCUAUUCACUGUAAAAAGUGGCAGGACAUCGUGACUGACCUCAACACACAAAACCCAGAGUACCUGGACAUUCGCCACACAGAGAGGGGGAUCCAACAACGCAAGACCAAAAAGGUGGGAGGAAACCUGCACUGCAUCAUGGCCUUUCAGAGGGUCAACUGGCAGAAGCUCGGCCCCUGGGCGCUAAAUUUAGAGAACCUGCGGCACGACUUCCACCACGCCGGCACGGAGCGAGCCCACGGUAGCGCGGCCGAGGACUCGGAGGAGAAAACGCCGUCCAAGCGUCUGGCCCACCUGGGUCGCUCCCAAAGUAUGGGCAGCCAGAAGGACAGCAGCUGGAAGCGCCUGUCCAACACCACGGAGUACAGACAGAGGAGCUCCCCCGACAGCGACCUGGAGGAGGACGUGACGGACUGAAACGGUUGGUGCAGGCGAACAGGAGCAGGAUGGAAAACAGAUGACAGCAGGGCCGAGGAGGAGGAUCUGAAGGUCCAAGUGUGGCGUUUUUAUCAAGUUUAUCAAGUACUGUUAAUAUAUUUAUUAGACUCUCAAACCAACACUUUGUUGGAAAACAAGUGUAUGAAUAAGUCCAAAGRAAAGGUCACAAAUACCUGGUUUAUUUCUUGUAAGGACUUAAAGGGAUAGUUCAGCCACUUUCUGUGGAAAAGUUCUGAACGUCUAACAUCUUACAGCUUUUUGAACAGCCUCAGUUUGGAGAAAUGGCUCUGGUCUGACAGAACCCAGAAGCUUCUUAAAACAACACUCUUAUAAACCUUUGCACCAGUUUAUUUUUGCUUUACACUGUUAUUUACAGGAUGUGAUCAGCUAGCACCAGCAGCAGCUUAGCUGUAGCACUUGUGUCACAUCAGUAGGUCAUUUUACAAGAACUUCAUAUUUCUGCUCAUCGGUCCUGUCAGAAUGAAGCUGUUUCCACAAACAGUUUAAUAAGCUAUGAACAACAGAUACAUUUGUUUUUCAAAUUUGUGUUAUUAUAAAACUUUAUUUAAAAAGGCACAGUGUACAGCUCAAACAUCAACGUCACCAUUUGAUGCACUGUACCAGAUUAUAACAUAAAAUAAUUUACAUCUGCAGACCUUUAAUGAACAAACCCACUUCAGAGUGGUUGAACCAUACCUUUAAUACCUUUAAAUUCCCUCCCACUUAAGAUAUUUUUUAAGGAACUGGUGAAUAAAUUCAGCAUUUCUCUGGGAGCAUUUUCAGCAAAAAACAAAACAGAAACUUUUUAUUUUUUGGUUUAUGAUAUUUAAAUAAAAACUAAGUAAUUAAUUCCUAACAUCUU